AUGGCGAUUGCUCGCCCCGUGAGGGCGCUGGGGUUAACCGCCGUGGUGUUGUGGUGCUUCUUCGUAUGGCAGCUUUUCAGGCCGAUAGCAGCGCCCGCGGGCCCCGGCGCCAACAGCUUUUUGCCAAAAGAGCGAGACCCCAACCUAGACCCUACCGGGGAGCCCGAGGGCGUCUUGACAUAUGCAUCCGGGGAGCGAUGCGCGAUCUCGAGAGGACAUGGAACAACAAAUUCAACUACCCGUGGACAUUUUUCAACGACGUACCGUUUCUCAGAGGAGUUCAAGAAGAAGACACAAGCGGAAACGAAGGCAGAGUGCCGAUACGAACUCAUACCUAAGGAGCACUGGGAUGUGCCGUCGUGGAUCAAUAACGACUUGUUCCUCGAGUCGACCAAGAUUCUCAAGGAACAAGAGGUGCAAUAUGCCGAUAAGGUGUCGUACCACCAGAUGUGCCGCUGGAACAGCGGCCUCUUCUACAAGCACCCGGCCCUGGCCAACACGCAGUACUACUGGCGCGUUGAGCCCAACGUACACUUUUUCUGCGACGUCGACUACGACGUCUUCCGUUACAUGCAGGACAACAACAAGACGUAUGGCUUCACCAUCAACCUGUACGACUCGCCGGAAUCGAUCCCCACGUUGUGGCCUGAGACGGAAAAGUUCAUCGCCGAGCACCCGGAACAUGUUCACGAGAACAACGCCAUGAACUGGCUGACGGACUCAAAGCGCCGACCGGAACACAACAGGAAGGCGAACGGUUACUCGACCUGCCACUUCUGGAGCAACUUUGAGAUUGCCGACAUGAACUUCUGGCGAAGCAAGCCGUACGAGGACUACUUUAACCACCUCGACCGGGCCGGCGGCUUCUUUUAUGAACGCUGGGGCGACGCCCCUGUUCAUAGUAUCGCUCUCGGCCUGUUGGAGGACAAGAACCGUAUUCACUGGUUCCGCGACAUCGGCUACCAGCACAUCCCCUUCUUCAACUGUCCCAACUCGCCUAAGUGCAAGGGCUGCGUGACUGGCCGCUUCACCGACGGCGAGGCCUGGCUUCAUAGGGAGGACUGCCGGCCCAACUGGUUCCAGUUUGUCGGCAUGGGCUAA